GUCGCGUUCACAUCCCUUUCCCGAACUGGGACCUUUUCUAACAAGUCGACGUGACACACAUCACGCAACAUCUUCGACAAACCCUGUGAUACAUUCUCUUUAUGAAACAGUGGUUUCACAUUGUUAUUAAAAUAUAAAACUUCGAACAUGCGGUGUUUUACCAUUUUAUCCAGACAGUUGCAAAAUUCCGUGAAAAUUAGUCACUCGAAUACGUAGAAUAUUUACUACCAGAAAUUUGCAUUAAACAACGAUGAAUAGUAAUUUUCGUAUGAAAAAUAAUAGUUCGAUAAACGAAUGCGGUGUGUAAAAGCAAGUGACUGUGAUAUGAUUUUGAAUAAAAUUGCGGAUAUAGCGAUGAUGACGCGUAUGUUUCAAUGCCAAGUAAUAAGUAAGAAAUAGGCGAUGGUGAAUUAAAAGGAAUCAUAAAAAUUGAAUAACAAAUAUGCGAAGUAAGGUUGCACGCGCUGCAUUUAAGACUUUACAGAAAAUACUCGGGUCUUGCAAACUUCGUUGAACACCGUGAAAUGAAUAGUUGGUUGGACUAAUACGAGAACAAAGGGAAAAUUUUGAUGAUCGUAGAAUAUUUUUUCUCUUUUUAGACUUUCGACGAAGCUUGUGCACGAUAUUAGCUGCGAAUUGACCCCUUUAGUUUGGUCCGAGGGCUACAGAGAAAAAGUUCGGUCAGACGUCGGAAGUAAAACCGAAAAAAGGAGGGAAUCCGUGGGACAAUACUUUCGUUCGAACGAGAUAAAACGUAUCCCACCGAGGUACUUCUCGAUUUUCCAAUUCUCGUGGACACUGCUUUCUUUUUUUCACGAAGGAAUAAGGCAAAAACUUACCAUGGUAUCGACUCGACAGCAAAUUUAUCGUCUAUCCGCAGACUGGAAAAUCCGAUAGAAGAGGAGAAAAAGGAGAGGAUCGAAGCAGGGUGAACUCAAGAAUCAUCGAUUUUCUAUUUGUCGAGCCAUUAGUCGGAAGAAAUUCAUUCAGACAAUUCGACGUGACGACCAAAACUUUCUUUAUUAGUCCUGAUUCUCAUUUUGGUGCCAAAGAAAUUUCUUUCCUACGGUAGAAACAGGGGAAGAAGAACGAUCCACUCAGUAAUCUAUCUACCAUUCUACCAAGAAUUAAGUGUUCUUGUGGUUUGCGAUAUUAAUUGCAUGGAAGCAAGCGUAUCAAUGAUCAAUGUUAGCAGUUGAUGCUGAUAAUGAAAUUGUGAUAAAGAACAAGGGGAGUCGUCUUUAAUAUCAUGGAAAUCAGAGAUAAGUAAAUGUCACUCGGUUACAACAGAGGAAACGAGGCGAAUCGAACCGAAGCGAUAACUUUUCCGCCGUGUAUUUCUCCCUUUUCUUCGUCCCUAAACGCUAAAUAUUUAUUGAAGAAACGUCGAACUUGAGAACGUUCGAAAUGGAGACUGAAAGCAGCAGUAAUCUGUAAAAAAAGGGAGUUGUUCUUUGAACUUUCCCUAGGAGGGUUCGUGCUUUUCGAUAUCAAUAACGUAUAAGGGAUCCUUAACAGAGAAAAAGAAAGAUGCAUCCUCUUGAGUUAGUGAUCGUGGGAUGGCUGGCAUCGGUGAUAUCCACGUUGGUCGAUGCCAUCGAUUAUUUGGACGACUACUCAGCGAUGGAUUACACCGACGAAUCGGACAUCGAUUACAAUGCCACGAAUUGUACCAAUAGUUAUUGUAUCUCAAACGAAGAGUACGUGGAUCGUAUGAUAAAUUAUAUAUUCCCCAAGUUUUGGGACUGGGUGUUGAUCGCGUCGCAUAGCGUUGUUUUCGUGGUCGGCCUAGUCGGGAAUGCGCUAGUUUGUAUCGCAGUUUACAGGAACCAUUCUAUGAGAACGGUGACAAAUUAUUUUAUUGUCAAUUUAGCUGUGGCCGAUUUCCUAGUUUUAUUGCUUUGUCUUCCGUUCACCGUACUGUGGGACAUCACCGAAACCUGGUUUCUAGGUUUGACCUUGUGCAAAGCCGUGCCAUAUCUCCAGACAGUGUCCGUGACCGUGAGCAUAUUGACCCUAACUUUCAUAUCGAUAGAUCGAUGGUACGCUAUAUGCUUUCCCCUGAGAUUUAAGUCCACCACUGGACGAGCAAAAAGUGCGAUCAUCGGAAUUUGGGCGGCAGCCCUUCUAUUUGAUAUUCCAGAUCUCGUGGUGUUGCAUACCGUCCCACCUACGCACAUCAAAAUAAAGACCGUUUUAUUCACGCAAUGCGACAUAUCCUGGAGUCAAAGGAGCCAGGUCGCCUUUACUAUCGUCAAACUAAUUUUCCUUUAUACCGGACCUUUGAUCUUCAUGAGCGUGGCCUAUUGGCAGAUCGUAAAAGUCCUUUGGAGGAGCAACAUUCCAGGACAUAAUUUACCGUCACGAGCAUCCCAGAUGAGCCAGAUUCCAUCGACCGGUGGCGGAAAUCCGGAAGUGCAGCUGAGAUCUCGACGAAAGGCGGCAAAAAUGUUAGUCACAGUGGUCAUCACGUUUGCGAUUUGCUAUUUCCCUGUGCACUUACUCUCCGUUUUAAGGUAUACCACCACAUUACCAUCCAAUAAAUGGAUAAACGCCAUCAGCUUAAUCGCGCAUGGCCUAUGCUAUUUCAAUAGCGCGGUUAAUCCUCUGAUCUACAACUUCAUGAGCGGAAAAUUUCGGAAGGCGUUUAGGCGUACAUUUCGCUGUGCUCGAGAGAAUGGUUCUCGAAUACAGCGUGGAUAUCUUGCGAGCACAUCUAAUUUCCCUCGAAUAAAAUCUCGGACCACGACGAUACGAACGACGUUUAAGAAUAACAAUAAUCUUCAACGAAAUACCGAAAUUAUACCUCUUAGCGCUAUAACCACUAUUCAGCAGAAUGAAAAACACGAUUGAUCGGAUGCAUAUACACCAAUAAUAUGACUUAUCAGACGCGCAGUAAGAUUCACAAGUAAUUUAUUUACAUGUAAUUUGAAUUUUAAUACUAAUGUAGAAUAUAAAAUGUUACAUAAAUAUAACAAAAACGCUAUGUUCCACUCGGUAGUAUUUUAAAUAAUAAAAAAUACUUGUUAAAACGAUUAUAUUUAGUUCCCAAAUUCAUAAAAAUUGGUAGACACUAUACGUUCCAUUGAAAAAUGGAAUCAUCUGAUAUAACAAAACAUUGAAUAUUAUUGAAUUAAUAUGUAAAAUGUACUUACAAUAUUAAAAAUUACCACAUAGAAGCUCGAUGUUUAUUCUCGCAGAGCGUAAACUAUAACAUAGGCACAUAUGAAUUUGUAAAUCAUUCUUCGUAAUAGAAUGAUUGUAUUUAGAACUAUUAUAUUGUAUGUAAUCUUCAGACGAUACGUAAAGUUCGCUGACAAAAUUGUACGUAAAAACUUUAAUAGGAUAUAAAUAAUAUAUAUUAUCGCUAUGUCAUAAAUAUAUGAUGUAAAUCUUAUAUUCUGUACAUUUCUACUAGCACUUCAUAUAAUCUUGACCGAAUUUAUCUUCAGUCCACGAAAAUUACAUUUUUACCGCAUAUGAGAAUCAUUUAACUGAAAGAUCAAUCCCACUGUUUGUAUGAUAUCAACACUGUUAAUGAAAAUUUUAUACAAGUUAAAAUUAAUUGAUAGGAUCCGUACAAUUAAAGUUUAUGCAAAACUUAAUAAGUUAAAAAGAGGAAAAUAAAUUUAGUCAUUUAUGGAAAAACUUCUUAUCAAUAUAUUAUCUUUCCAUUCCACCUUGCCAGUAACAAAGCAUAUCUUCAUAAGCGUAUUUAAAAAAAAAAGAAUAAUCGCGGUUUGGACUUCUCGUAGCUAUUACGAAAAGCCGAUUAACAUUUAUUAAUGACAAGUUUAAUAGUUAGUAUUACUUUUGACUUAACUAGACUUUAAGAUAUAGUAAAUUAUGUAACGAUUAUUUCUUCACGAUGCAGAUUAAAGAUUUCUUUUGUUCUAGUGUAAUAUAAGUAAAAUUAAAGCAUUAAGUAGUGGUUCUUUAUCUAAUAAAUGUACUUCAUUCAUCCACCGUUUACUUGAAUCGCAGUACAAAUUUGUUUAUACACGAAAAACAAUAUAUACUGAGGUUACUGACCUGAUUAUAUCCUAUUUACAAUAGCCGUUGGUAUUAAAAAGAUAUAUCGAUUUAUUAGUCAUUUUACCAGCCGAUGCUGCAUGCGUUAAUACUCGAUAUACAAUAAUAUGUUUAACACUAGUUGCCUCUAAUAAUAAUUAAUUAUUAGUAGACUUCGUAUAUGAAAGGAGUUUAACAAUAUAGAAGGAUGACGUUUAAUGACAGCAAUAGAUCGAUGGAAUUCGUAGUGAAACAUUGAUACAAAUGUUAUCCACGAAAUAUACAACAAUAUGCUGAAAUUAGAUACUCAUUCAAAAUAUAUUUUAGACACGCACACAUCCAAUUCCUAAAGUAUCUCACAAAUAAUUUGUGAAGAUCAUUUUUCUAUACAGAUUGCAUGGUAACGUCAAUAAAAUUACACAGUAUCUUUAUGAUAUAUAUGUACUCAUACUCACGAAAUGUCACAAUUAUGUCUUUCGCAAGGAACGUUACACGCUGUACGAUGUUUUUUCAAGCUGCUGCUUCUUCAACAACUGUACUUUCAGUCGUUGUAUUUUCUACUUUCUUUGAAUCAUUUUCAGCCUUUUCAAUGACUGGUGCUAUAGCUUUAAGCGAAAUAAUAUUUUCCUCCUUCGUAAUGACUUUUGAUGAAUUAUUAGCACUUAUAUCGUCUAAUUGAUCGGUAGUAGUAUCUCCCAAAUUCACUGGUGUUUCGAUAUCAAGAAUUUUAAUAUCUUUUUCGGUAUUCUCAACCACAAGAUUCGCUAUUGCACUCGAACCGUCGAUUUUCUCUGUUUCUUGAGUUUCUGUUUGUUCAAUUUCUAUAUUAUCGAACUGUUCUGGCACAGUCUUCUGAUCACUUUCUAUUGAGUUAAUUUUAACUUCUUGUUCAGUCUGUUGUGUAUUACCAAGUUGAUUUGUUUGUUGUGGCUGUGUGGGUUUGCCUCUUCCUCGACUGGUCUGAUGUUGAUUCUCUGGUGGUGGAAGAAUUGGAAUAGCUGCUUUUGGUCGUCUCAUUGGAGCUGAUUGUUGUUGUUGUUGCUGCUGCUGCGCUGGA